AUGCUUCAUCGCAGCCGACUUUUACGAGGGCCCGCCGUCACCGCUGCUGCAUCGAUCUCGGUUUGCUUCAAGGGCCUGGGAACGUACGACUACCCUUCCUCUUUCACGUGGCCUCCAUCGCUGGAGGAUGACGGUGAUGAGCGAGGGCAUGGUGUUUCGCGCCCUCCAGUGGCGCAUUCAGAGCCUCCGCGAGGCAAUGCUGGCAGCGCUGAGUACAACAGCCAUCGUCGCUCGCCGUUUUCUGUGCUGCGCAGCCGGCAGUGUCGUGUGGGCCAGUGUGCUUCAGGAGUGUUACCCGCCUCCCACAACACGGCGGCGGCGCCCUGCGCCGGCGGCAGCAGUCACGGGCUAGUCGCGUGCGGGCAUCGCCUGUGCUGCUGCAGUGCGCUCUUCUACCCAGCGCUGUCUCCCUGCUCGUCCUCGUCCUCUGCGCCGCCAUCGACGUCUGCCCCGCCGUCGUCUGCGGAGGAGGGCAUGUGGCGGGUGCGGGACGACUUUCUGUGGGCGCUGAAGCUCGCAGAUGUUGAGCAACUGCUGCGCACCACCAUCGGUGAGGAACUGUAUGGACGGUUGUUGGGCGUCAGGGGAACGAAGGCGACGGUCGUUCUGACGUGCAACGACCUCCUGACGGCGGCAAAAGAACAUGCGGAAGCCUCCAGUGCAGAGGGAGCUUUGGCUGCGUCAGGUGCAUCACUUCCCGCUACGAUCCCAUACGUGGCGCGCCUGCUGCUGAAUGCAGAUGAGGACAACCGUAUCAAGUGGCUGCAGGAGGAGUCCACCGCGAUGGAGCACCGCGACUACUACGCACGUGCGCCGUCGCUGCGUGCUUUGUUUGUCAUGUGGUUGGCACAGCCGCAACAGCAGCGCGUGCGCGCGGCCGCCGUGAAGGGUGGCUGUGGCGGCACUGCCGCAGGUGAUUUGUCCCAUGGUGACACUGCCGACGCAGAUCGGCGGCUCGGCACGGCGUCUACGGCGCGGACGCCGACGUUUCGUAUCCCGCCUCCGACAAUGGAGGACAUCCAGCACAUCCUCAGGCGCAUGGAGGAGCGGCGUGUCGAGGUGACGAUGGCCGACAUUUCUGCUAUCGCUGCGUUCGGUGCGGCUUCGGCUGGGACAGGAACGUCGAUCCCCUCUGACGAGUUUUGGGGAGCGAUUGUGCGCCAUCUGCAGCCUCUAAAGCUCUCUCAGGCGCUGAAGGCCUACGCAUCGACGCUGUCUCCGCCCGUGAACGACGGCGCCGUGUCGUGCGAUGAGGCGCUUGUCUUGCUACAUGUGCUUAUUCUUUCGUUGCUACUACGCUACACCUCUGUCGCGAAUGCAGAGGUGCCGCCCGCGUCCACGGCACCGCCGCCGUCGGCGUGGACCUCGUCCUCCGGCGUUUCUUCCACCCCAGACCCUGCCAACUCAAAACUACUGGCGCCCAUGGCCGCCUUCGAAGCGGCGAGUGAGGUAAUUCAGCUGCGCAGGUGCCUUGCACCGUCACGCGAGGGCGAUGAGGCCGCAACUCGUGGAUCGGCCCACAUACCCACGCCUCCCUCCACCGUCUACGAAGCCCUUCUGAAGCUGUGCGACGAAGUGCUGAAGCACGUGUACGGGCUGGCCGAGCGGUGGCAGCUUUCGGCGACAAGCCCGCAUCUACCGGCGUUGACGACGUGGUUUCUGCGAGAGAUGGUGACGAGUGCGGCGUGCGAGUUGCACUUCAAGCGCCUUGUGGACCGAAGCAUCACGGAGGCGCUGAUUGCACUGGAGAAGAGCGGUCUCGUGAACCGGUCCUCGAUGAACCUCCAGGUGGUGGUGCGUCAGGUGUUGCCGUUGGUGGAGAACUGUGGCAGUGAGGACCUGUGCACAUUGGUGCUGACCGACGUCGUGUCCGCCCUUGAAGAGAAGGCCCGGCGGGACCCGCGCGCCUUCACUCAGGAGGACAUGCUCUAUUUGGCAGAGCUGGGAGCUAAGUUGUUCGUCAGCGGCUCGGCUGACAGCACGGCUGGCAGCUACGGCCUCUUCGACCAGACGGCACGAGGUCAGAUGGAGGAGCUGCACGUGAUGGACGGGAGCCCGUGGGCUCUGUGCGUCUCGUCGUACCGCUCCCUGAAAGAGAUGAUGCAGGGUAUUAUCCGCGACCAGCGGCGACUGAAGCAGCAGGUGCAGGAGCAGCUCCGGCAGCUUUCUAGUUCCAGCACCCUCUCUGCUGUGAUGACGGGAAGCGCCGAGGCGCAAGGCCGCCAUCACGCUCGGCUGGAUGGCAACGGUGCCCCCCUCUCCUCCCCCUCCUCACCCCCAGCCUCUGAGGCUAGCUCUGUUGCCCGCGGUGAUGCUGCUGUCCGCCUCGGCGCCAUCAGUGCUGCCUCUGAGGCAGCAGGCGAGGACGACUUCACUAGAGCAGAGGCCGCUGCUCCUUGUGAUGGCGCCUCCGCCUCAGCUCCAGCUGGGCCGCCGCGGAUCUCUGUGUCACCGAUGCUGCGGCAGCGCUUCCUCAUACUGAUUGAAGAGCUGGUCAAGGCACAGGUGGCUGAGAGCUCAAACGACUCCGAGCGGCCGAUUGUGGUGAGCACCGAGCUCUUCUCCUUCGUGACGCAGCAUGUACCGGUGCCGAACAUACAAGACGAAUACCGCCGCAAGAUUUUUCUGCUCGUGAACGUGGCCGAGGCCCCAGAGACAACACGCCGCCGGCUUGCUGAGCGCAGGGAGAAGCGACGGGCCUCUGCAGAUGGCAAGGACUACAGGAGACACCGGCGUCGGCGCGUCAGAGGCGACACCAGCGCCAGCGGCGCAGCUGAGGAGGAGCUGGAGGCAGCCGACAAGGACGCGCAUGCGGGACCAGGGCCGGAGAAGGCAGACGUGGGCGACGACCCGCACGGCGGCGCAAACGAUAUACCCGCGGAGCUGCGCUUUCUCGUCAGCUCCCUCCCGCUCACGCUGUCGCCGUGGGCGAGUGUCAUGAUCUUGCGCGAGGUGCUAGCCGAGUCUGCCGGUCGAAACCCUCGGUACACGUACGUGCUCAACGCAGCCAUUGACCUACAGUUGCCGAUGUCCACCACGCGGUCUCGCAUUGCGACGACGCUGAAUAUGUGGCGCUUCCUCAACACACAAGCACACAAGCUGAGCCUGAAGGAGAGCGUCAUGAUGAAGCAGCGGUGCGCGUGGAACUUGCCCAUGUCGUAUGUGCUGUCCUCGUACUGGUCCCUCCUCACAUGGCUGUUCCUGGCGAGCAUCAUUAUGCUCAACGUGGUUGGGAUCGACUUUGAGUCGCAGCUUGUCGCGAACUCGCUCUUCAGGAUGUUUGCACCGUGGGAGGAGAUUUGCGCGCCGCAGAUCCCCGUGGACGACGGGGACACGUGGAGCACGCAGGCGGCGGCCGACCUGGCGUCAGACUACUUCGAGCAGGCCGAGAUCGCCGAUCGGCGUCGCGAGGGACAUCGGCUCAGCAGCACCGACGUGUUUCUCUCUUCGGCUUCCUACUUGAUCCUCGGCUACGAUGACCAACGGCGGCCGAUGACGGUCAUCCCAAUCGGCAGUGACUGCACCGCACCAGCCGAGGAGCGAAUCGCUGAGGAGUACGCUGCGGCAACGGCGGUGCUGCGCGAGCUAUCGCUGCACGCUCCGUUCCCCUUCUUUGUCGACAUCGAGCGGCCGCUGCCGAUGGAGUACGUCGAGAAGCGCAUCGCGGAGCGCAUUCGGCGUGUGUCCUUCAACAAUACGUGGUUCCUGCCGCGCAUGAUCAUUCGCACGUUCCCGCUUGGCCGCCAGUACACGGAGCACAAGCUUGUGCUCCACACCUGCACGCAAGCGAACCUCACGCGGCGCCGAAUCACAUUCUUGUUGUAUAUGCACGACGGCGUCCCUGUCACCCCGCAGUUCAUUCAAGAGCUAAACGACAGCUUUCUCUCCCGGCACGCGAACUUGGUGCUGGUGGUGCACGAGUCCAGCCUUCUCAAGGGCGGGACUACACCUGAAGCUCUCGCCAAGGUCGGUCGGUCAAGUACCGUUCGCGGCCCUUCAGCAACCAUCGCGUCUGCGGCGGCUGAGAUGAUAGACGCCGUGCUGCCUAGUGAUCUCAGGGACUCCCCUUCACCUUCUGCAGCUGCGUCAGCGGCGCACCACAUGCGUGUGCUGCCGUACUGCCGGCAGUACUACUCCAGAAGCGGCAGCGUCAUUGCUGGUCUUCAGCGCGUGGCAGGCGGAGAGCAGCCGGAGGGCGGUGGCUGCACAGCAGAAGGGAGCUGGUGGGUGCUUACGCUGAGGUCGGUGCGCCAGCUGUGGGAAGGGUUGCAGGCGGCAUCGGGCGCCACCUCCUCCGCCUCCACCGUAGCAAAGUCGACGGCCCACCUGCCGCUCUUCGCGUCGACUUUCAGCAGCCACCGCGCCUCUCUCCACCGCACCAGAGAGCGGCAGUGCAAGGAGGCCGAGGAGGUGACUGCUGCUGCCGAGCAGAAGCAGAGCAGCGACAGCCGCAUGUCCGCAGCUGCGCCGUUGGUGAACUGGUGGUGGCGCACGCUCUCCGGCGUGACCUCGGCGACAAUUCGGAUGGUGCACGUUGACCGCAUCGGCGUGUGGGGAGAGGAGGCGGAGCGCGACGACGAGGCUGCACGCAAAAGUGGCACCACGAGUGCCACCGAUGAGCCGGCGCCACAUGCGUGGGCGGCCGCAGAUGAAGCAGCAACAGACACGGUAGCGACAAGAGCCGCGGCUGAUACUGUGGACGCGAAGGCAGGCAAAGGUGGCGUGUCUGUUUCUUUCACUGCCCUGCGCCGCCUCAUGUCGGAGGUGUGA